AAACCGUACAGAGGAGUAUAGAGAUGAAACGUAAGAGAAACGUGAAUUACUGCUGAUAGCAUAAUGCGCAAGUACAAUUUCAAUGUUAUUCCUGGUCAAAGGGAGACGAUUUGUAUAGUUUAAUUGAGAACAAAUAAUCAUAUUUUAUAACAUUAUCAUGUGUAUGUAAAAAUGUAAUAUGAAAAGUAAUUUCAGAUUAUCAGUUACAUUUAAUAGAGUCAAAACUAUGUUGGACAGAAUUGGGUUCUAACUACAUACUCAAAAAAUACAUUUAAUUAAAAUUUUAAAAAUCAAAUAGUAAAGUAAACUUAGUAAAGUAUUCAGUGCAUUUCCUAGUAGAGUGAUGUAAAAAGAAUUACAGGCAUUUUUCCCCUUUAAGGCAGCCAUGGGUGGAGUUACAGUAACGCGUUCUGGGUGUUGAAUUCUUUUAUAAGGAGAUGUGGAAACCCGCGUCACUCUGACAAAAUGAGUUUCACCUCCCAGUUUUGUUGACAGAGGAGGGUCGAUGCACAUGGGUCAGGGUUGACUGACAGACUGGAUUUUAGCCUCACGAGUGUCAUUUCUCGCUUGGGACUGAGGGCGAUCGAACGAAACCAGCUGUACGUGACGGAUAAGCAGCAUUUGCAUGUUAUCUUGUAUUGUUUGCUGCCUUUUGCCUUGCCUGGUAAGAUAAGAACGUGCAGCUGAGUGUGAUGGACGGUGAUGAGAUCCAGCUGUACCCUGCUUAUGGGCAUUUCACACCAGCAAAGGUGUGACCUGAAUGAUGUGAUCUUACCACUGGCUAGAAUGAAGCUGUGAUGGGUUUGACGGAGCUGACUUGUGUUGGAGCUUUAGAUCGAUAUCAAACAGAGCUUCUUAUAAGAACACGAUCUCUUCUACAUCAUGGCCAGGAGUCAGAAUAAUUUGUGGAGACAGCAUGACCUGAACAGAGUGCAGAGCUUUGGCCUGAGGGCUUACACAGAGCAAACCCUGAAGGAGCUUCAACAGCAACAGCAAAUGGCCAACGAGUUUAACUCCAACCCCUCUCUCUCCCAGCCUCCAUUUUUUUCUGAUUCCUACCACCUAGCAUCAGACAACAUGCUGCUGCCCAUUGAGGGAGACCAGGUGGUUCCUUCUUCCCAGAGACAGGCAGUGUUCGGGGUUGAUCAGAGGGAGGCCAAACCCUUGCCACCUCUGCCAGACCCCGAGGAGCUUAUGUCAGAUGAAGCAGCUGAUAGUGAGGUUGAGUUCUUUACCAGUGACCGACGACCCCUGUUGCCCAAGAGCUGCCCUAAGCCUAUCUGCAGGAACAGCAGCAAAGACUUUGGCCAAGUAAAUUAUGCCUACCAAGAGAGUUCAUUGAGGGCUGGAGAUGCUGGCGUUGGAUCCAUGGCAUUCUCUUGGCCAAGCAGAGAGGACCGGCCAACAUUUGGAGGAGGCAGGUUUGCGGCCGACAUUUGGUGCCUUGGUCACCAGACAGAUGAAAACCAGCCUGUGGUGUCGGAAGCUGAGGAUACCUUUGGAGCCAAACGGCCAGACCAGAACCUAUUACCUAGAAUCCAAUUUUUUGGCUCGGGUCCUUCUACCCAACCACACGCCAGCACCUCAUCAUGGUCCACUGACAGGCCACAAAUCCCUCCUCGUAUCCCCAUCCCACCAAAAUCAAAGACUGGGACCGAUGAAGACAAACCUCCCAAAAUCCCUCCUAGGGUGCCUUUAGUCCCACCCUGUCCACCACGCACCCCAAGCCCUAAAAGUCUUCCAAUUUAUAUCAAUGGAGUGAUGCCUGCCACUCAGAGUUUUGCUGCUAACCCCAAAUAUGUCAGCAAGGCGUUGCUGAGACAGAUGACAGGUGAGCCACCUGCAACCCAGUUUUCUCCCUGCAUUGUUCCGAUUUUGAAGGAUGGCAGAAAGGCCAGCGGGACACACUACAUCCUGCUGCCGCCGGGCCGACCGCCAAACACAGAGAGAAGAGAAAGACUCCUGAGUGAACCUGCUAAGACAGGGAACAGCAGCUUCUGGCAGAAAAGGUAGAAAUCAUCUCACCAUGUCUGAAACUAGACGAGUACAAAACGGUGACUGACGUUAUUAAUCACUCUGUGAUACACAACUGUACAGUGUGCGAUAAUAUCUGCUCACAUGUGUAACGUAUUGGUAUUUUCAUUGACUGACAUGUGUUUGGUGUAAUAUCCACGAGGUUUUUUUGACUGAACGUUUUACCAAUCAGUAUUUUAGAGACGUCUCUUCUACUUCGACCACAACGACAAUACACAAGAAUAUAGUAUUUUCACAAAUAGAGAACAAAUAUUUAUUUUCUAUCACCAUUUGUCAGUUUUUGAUAACUAAGAUACUGCCGUUUCCUUACUAAAAAAAAAAAAAGUAUGAUCACUUAUAAAUUUUUAAAGUCUGACAGUCGUAUGCUCAUACCACUAAAAACAGCCUUAGCUAUGCAACAUAUACCUUACAAGAGAGCACGUCUUUAUAAAUGUACAAGCUGGGCUUGUGCCAAACUGUUCCACGUCUGUAAUUUUUUAUCACAAUGCUGCUUGAAAAAUAUAAUGUGUUGAUAGAUUUGAUGUUUUUCCAAAUAAUUAAAGUACUAUUUGAAUAUUUUAGCAUCUUUUCAGGUAAACUUAAUAAAGUGCUCCAUUAAAAAAUACCAGAUUAUAAAGAGUUAGCCAAGUGCAAGUCUAAAGAUUCUUGACAAAUUUUAUAGUAAAUUUGCAAAUGAACAUGGUAGGUCACCCCCCCCCACACACACACACACACACACACACAGUCGAUGCAGCUAAUAUUGGGUGUUUGCGCUUUUGAAUUAGCUUAUGAUUUCAGUAUCACAAAGCUGAUUGAGAUAAGAUAGCCUUAUCACUCCCAAAGUUUAGAAAUUUACAUCAAACUACAUUAACUACAGAAAAUUCAGCAUCUGCAUUUAAAGUGUCAAUUUGUUCAUUUUAAUCAGUGUGUAUUUAAAGCUAGAUUCUAAUUCAUUUUCAUUAGAAACUUUGUUGAAAACCUGCAGUCACACUUAUGUUCACAGGUCUUUAAACAUAUGAAGAGCAAGUCAGAAGUUUUUACUUGUUGCAUUUGUAAAUAGAGCUGAAAAAUUGUCAUUAGCUGAUCCUCAUGAAAUUUUUUAAUGAUGUAAAUCUGAUGUUGUGUAUACUUUUUUUUUUUUUUUUUACUGUGUGGGCAUGGAAGUCAUGUUACGUUUACACUGCUGAGGUGCAGGCCCACAUUUACCUUUGUUACACCAACCUCUAUGAAGUUCUCAUGAAGGUUCUGUAUCAGACUUGGCCCAUUCAAAGGCUGUUUGUAAGUUCAUAAUUCUGUGUCAAUUGUAAAAAUUGUCUUUAAUCUAUUUAUAGAAAUAAAUAACUUAUUCAUUCUA